CUCUGAUGAUGAUGUCGACACCUUGUUGGAUGGAACACCACAGAAAAAGAAGGAGUUUGUUAAUCUUUUCAUGGGUGAAGAAGAGUUGAGUGAGGAUGAGUUUGAAAAAGACAUGAUGAAAGAGUUGGAUGACACCGUAGCAGGAUUGGAAUUCAAAAAAGCCGCCAAUCAGAAACCAGUCAAAGAGGAAACAAGUACUAGUUCAGCACAGCAGUUCUAUGAUGACAUGUACUUUGACUCAGAUGAAGAAAUAGAUGGUGAAAACAAAUUAGAUGCAUCCCAGCCAGUGGAGGAAAACAAGACAAAGGAGAAGAAGCCACGAAAAAGACAUCCUGUGAUACCUGACGAAGAUCUCCUUUAUGAUCCUGGCAUGGAUGACGAUGACCAGAACUGGAUGGAUGAACAGAGGCAGCAAUAUCUAAGCAAGCAGAAUGGAACGAAAAAGGUUGGCAAGCCAGUGAAGCCUCUUCCUUCGAGUGAUGCUGUACUGAACUGUCCUGCGUGUAUGACCUUGUUGUGCAUGGACUGCCAACUACAUGAAACGUACAAGAACCAGUACCGAGCGAUGUUUGUUUUCAACUGUCGUGUUGACAAGACACAAUAUCUUAAGUACCCGAGCAAGACCCGUCAACAUCGGCGGUCACUUAACGCAGAAGUCGAGCUCGAGUCUAAGAGUGAUGGCGAUGUUGAGCGAUUUCAUCCGGUUAUGUGUGGAGUGUGCAAAACUGAAGUAGCUGUGUAUGAUGCCAGCGAGGUCUAUCAUUUUUUCAAUGUGCUGUCAAGUUAUUCGUAGUCUCACUAUCUGUGUGGGUUUCGUGAGUGAAAGCAAAGAAGAACCACGUGUAAAGAGUGCACUCUGUAAUCUUCUGUACAUGGUCCUGCUUUUUCGUAUUGAUGAGGUUAUACCUGCAGAUAUCACCGUGUGGCAUUUGCAAGCCACUAGACUUUCUUGUUUACUUUCUGUCAGAUCCUGACUGACCUUCACCAUGCUUACGAUUCUGUUAGAUGCUCUAGAGUAUGACUUCACUUUCAUUAUGUAAGAUGAACUGCUAUUGAGUUACGUUAAGUUAGCUCACGCACGCACGCACGCACGCACGCGCGCAUGUAUGCAUGCAUGCAUAUUAUUUAUAGAUUGGUCAGCUGUUAAUUUUUAGAGAAGCACACUAUGAUCAUGGUAUAUGAAUGUGUUUUUAUAAAACUAAUAAGGGAAACGUUUUGUUUAGAGUGUUCACAUUGAUAGCAAGUUAUAGAUUAGGUAUGAUCCAGGCAUGUAAUAUCAAGAAUUAAUAUUGUUGUUGUAAACACAACAUCUAUAUUGAUAUAGAUUAGAAAAAUAUAAAUCAUAUAUACCUAUAUUUGUACAUUUUACAAAAUCGUCCAAAAUUUAAACCCUAAGAGUUUGGGUAAAAGUUUUUCAUUUAAACUUUAAAACUGAGUAUGAGUGUACAUUAAAGGUGUAAGAGCUGUCAAGUGUUUUCUUGUAAAUGUGCAUCUUUAUUUCAUGAAUAAACGUCUCACCGUUCUUAUGAUGUACGAUCCUGAA